UUCCUGGUUGCUCCUUGUUGCUCCUUGUUUCCAGCUCUCUCACUUUCUUUUCGUUGUGUGUUUGUUUCUGUGUUUCUCCGGUGAACCACAAGAGUUCGGCCGCGGUCAUGAGCGCCGUCAUUCCCCGGAUCGAGCAGCUCUCCGCCCGGGUGGUCCGGGUGCUGGGCUGCAACCCGGGACCGAUGACUCUGCAGGGGACCAACACCUACCUGGUCGGCACCGGGCAAAGACGUGUGCUGAUCGACACGGGAGAAUGUGCCCGGCCUGAAUACAUCAGCAGUCUGAAACAUGCUUUGACCCAGUUCAACACCAGCAUCCAGGAGAUCAUCAUCACUCACUGGCAUCACGACCACACGGGAGGCGUGGAGGACAUCUGCAGGGACAUCGCCGGUUCUGAUGUGCGAGUCAGCAAACUGCCUCGCACCGGGGGGGUCGGAGAGUCGGCUGGAGAGAAGAGCUACACCUUCCUCAAGGACGGAGACCUCGUCCAGACAGAGGGGGCGACGCUCAAAGUGCUGUUCACCCCGGGUCACAGUGAUGACCACAUGGCCCUGCUGCUGGAGGAGGAGCAGGCGCUCUUCUCUGGGGACUGCAUCCUGGGCGAGGGCACGGCCGUGUUCGAGGACCUGUACGACUACAUGAGAUCCCUGGAGGUCCUGCUGGACUCUCAGGCCGACCUCAUCUACCCCGGUCACGGCCCCGUGGUUCAGGACGCCGGCUCGAAGAUCAGACACUACAUCAGCCACCGGCAGCAAAGAGAGCAGCAGAUCCUGGCGGCCAUUCAGGACGGAGCAGGAAAACCCUUCUCCUCCAUGGAGCUCGUGAAGAUCGUGUAUAAGGACACCCCUGAACACCUGCACCGAGCAGCUAAUGUCAACCUGGUCCAUCACUUAAAGAAACUGGAGAAAGAAGGACAGAUUUGCUUGACUGAUGAGUCCUCAGAGAACAUCAAAUGGAAGAGUAACCUGUGAUGUUCACCGAGACAAUAAAGAUAAAACUGACUCUAGAGCAGUUUUCAGACAUGUCCUGCACAGACGUGUUCACAACAGAUGAAGCGAGAGGCGGAGCAGCAGAAUCCGUCUCAACGACUGUGACGGAUGAGACGUGUUUUUCUGUCCUCACCAACAUCUCAGCUGCUCUCACCUCGAUAAUGAACCUCACUGUGACCUGUGCUGCUCAGAUAUAUUUCCAGUCUCCCACUAGAGGGCAGCAUCUGCUUAGUCAUUUUACUGGGUGAUAACUUGAGGAGUAACAUUUCAAGCUUUGCAUUUUUGUUCCUGCAAACUUAACCAAGAAUUUUUAAAAGAUGAAAUUCUAAAGUGAAUAAAGUUGAAUGUGAAUGUGUGUUGAAGAAUUUAAAACAAUGAAUCCUCAUCAGUGUGCUGCUGGUUAUUGUUCUGACCACAAAUGAGGAUAAUUGUGUAUUUGUGAUAAUUAAGAGAUCCUUCUGAGGCAGAUAGUGAUAUAUAUCUAUAUUCUGAUAACUAAUAAUACAAAUGACUAAUCCAAAUAAAUAUAUUUGUUGUGAACCUUUGA